ACGAGUUCCGAGUAUCAACCAAGGGUUUAAGAAUUGAGGUUAAGUUGUUAAGUGAAACCCACGUGCCAGCACGAGUCAAAACUCCUGUGGUCGGAAAGACAAAAGUUGGUAAUUUUCCGAUUCUUGCAGUGUGGGUGGUCCCUGUCAAAAUCUUCUUCAAACUAAGUUUUUCUUUUUGUAAAUUUUGAAGUCCAAUAUCUCCUCUGGUCAUCAUCACAAUCAAAACUAACCUAUGUUGGACCCGGUGCUGUUUGUCCUGCUAAUGUUCACCCAAUUAACACAAGUAAAAUCCUGCUCCACUUCCCACCGCUCACUUCACUUUCACUCCUUUCCCUUCAAUUACCUGUGAGUGUAAGUCUCUCUGAAAAUUUGUGCAUUAUUCAUGCACUGCCGUCCACGCUCUCCCUAGCCCCUUCCCUUUACCUAUAAAAACCCCAUUGUUUUUUUCUCAGUUUGACCAAAGAGCAAGUAACCAAACAAAGCUCGAGCCCUCUCCUCGAUUGCUAACUACAUUUAGAUAAUUAUACAUUUAAAGCUUUUUGUCCAAUAUGAGGCUUGCCGCAAUUGCUGUUACUGUCAAGCCAUUCACUACGCCUACUACGCCAAAACUCACUCACUACUCUGUUCCCUCCACAACCACCACCAUUAAUCCUUUAAAGCUCAACAGUGCUGAAAACCCUGAGUUUUCGUGGACUCCCUUAAAAUAUGACUCACUUUUCACUCACUCGAACUCAGCUAAACUCGCCAAGAAUUGCAUGGAGUAUCAGGGGAUCAAUAACUGGGAGGGCUUGCUCGAUCCUCUUGAUGAUACUCUAAGAAGUGAGAUUCUAAGAUACGGGCAAUUCGUCGAAGCAGCGUAUCGAUCUUUCGACUUUGACACUUCUUCACCCACUUAUGCCACGUGUAAGUUCCCCAAGAGCUCGCUACUGAGCCGGUCUUGCAUUGGAGGGACCGGUUAUAAACCGACCAAGAACUUGCGUGCCACGUGUGGGAUUCAGCUGCCACGUUGGAUACAAAGGGGACCGAGCUGGCUUUCAACUCAAUCCAGCUGGAUUGGUUACGUGGCAGUUUGUCAGGACAAGGAGGAAAUCGCCAGGCUUGGCAGGCGUGACGUGGUGAUCGCAUUCAGAGGCACCGCCACUUGCCUGGAGUGGCUCGAGAACCUACGAGCCACGCUGACUUCUCUGCCUGAUGACGAGGACAAUGUGGUUCAUAAAGGCAGUGGGGCCAUGGUGGGGAGUGGGUUCAUGAGUCUCUACACUUCUGGUACUACCACGUGUCCCAGCUUGCAGAACAUGGUGAGGGAAGAGAUUGGAAGAAUACUGGAAAUUUAUGGUGAUGAACCCCUCAGCUUGACCAUCACAGGCCACAGUCUGGGUGCGGCUCUAGCUACACUGGCGGCACAAGAUAUAAACUCCAAUUUCAACAAUGCGCCGAUGGUGACAGUCAUAUCAUUCGGCGGACCACGUGUCGGAAACCAAAACUUCAGACACCAGCUAGAGAAAAGCGGGACCAAAAUUCUACGUAUAGUAAACUCCGAUGAUCUCAUCACAAAAGUACCCGGCUUCGUAAUUGACAACAAUGACAUGGCAGACCAGCAGGCUGUCAAAGUGGCAGGGCUGCCAAAUUGGGUUCAAAAGCGAGUGGAAGACACGCAAUUAGGUUAUGCUGAUGUUGGACAAGAGCUGAGACUAAGCGAAGGACGCCCAGAACCUGAAAGCAGGGAGCGUGGCAAUUGUCACGACUUAGCACGAUUAUUGGGAAUUAGUAAUGGUUUGUUAGUUCAAUUGUCAUAUCCGGCCACGGCCAGGAGAGUAUUGAGUAAACACCAUCGGGAAAAACUAGCAAUGACAAAGAGGGGCCAAAUGUGUGUAACCAUAGAAAAAGAUGAAGAAGAAGAAAGAAGUGACUAUAUAAUAAUUGAAGAUUUAAACGUGGAAAGCAUCAUUAAAAAAAAAAGGAGCGAUCAGCUUGAGGGCUUUGUUAAUCAUUUUUUCUUUUCCUCUAAUUUGAAGUCGAAGGCUUUAUUACUUUCGGCUAUGAUUCUGAAACGACGUACUAUUAUUGCAAAUUAA